UGUCAAAUAACAGUGCCCGAACUAAUCAAUAUUCUGUGGUCGCGAGCUUAAUUUAAGCAGGAAAUCUUUCGAAACAAAUAGGUACUAAAUUGUUAAUUAAGAUCACUGAUUCGCUUUGUUUAUAGUUAUGUCAAGAUUAUUGGCAGCAAUGUUCCAGCCAAUCAAGUUCAUUGGGCAAACCUUACAAUCCUAUUCACCUACAUUUGCUUCCACUAGUUUAGUGAGAUCCGAAUACCCCCUACUAUCAUGCAUAAGGACCAAAGUACGUUGUUAUUUCCCACGACCUAACGAAGUUAGAAGAGUACGCAGACAUGGCUACAAAACUAGAAUGUCAACCCCCAAUGGCCGAAGAAUUAUUAUGAGGCGACUAUUAAAAGGCAAAUUUGUGUUAUCGCAUUAAUUAUUUGAGUAUGUAGUGUAAUCAAUUUUUAGAUAGGAUUAAGGUUAUGUGUAUAAAAAUAAUGUUCAGUAAA